CUCACAUCCUUUUGUUCUAUCACCUUAUUUAUUAACCACUUUAACAAGUUCUGCGAACUUAUUCCUUUCUCUCAAAUUAUCACUUUAUUAUACUGCUAGCCGGUCUUUAUUUCUGAACCCCUCUAUUCGAAAUGUAUACCAAAACCCUCACCCUCGCUCUCGUCGCCUCUUUGGCCUCCUUUGUGGCUGCCGCUCCUGCUAACUCCACUGGCAAUGCUGCUGGUGAUGGUGGCGACCUUGGUCCUUGUGACCCAUCGAUGGACUUCCAGUUGGGAAGACCAGGAAGAAAGCCAGACCAAGGAACAUUCUUGCCAACGGACCCAAAGAUCAAGGGAGGACAACAGGAUGCGUUGGCUCCGGGUAUCAUCAUGAGCCACAUCUGCAACAUGCUUAAGGACAACCAAAGAGGUUGUUUGGCCAGCAAGGCCGGUCAAGAGAAGUGCGACAAGGUUAAGGCGGAUGUCACAGCUUUAGGUACAGUAUUCUGUAAUGCCGCAUCGUACUGUAUAUACUGAUUCUGAAUAGGCACAAGAGAUCAAACCACUGCCGAUGCUUGGAACUCAGGACUUAAGGCCUAGGUUGUUUUGGAGCGCGAAAAUAAUAAUUGAAGAAGGGCCUCGCUAGGAAGAAGAGGCGAGGGUGUGGGAAAUACUAGAGGUGAGGAGAUUUGUUUGACAAUAUAGACAAGAUGUGUUCUACGAUAUACGGCCGACACUACGGGCUUGCUUGGUGGUGGCUUUUAUUGGAGGCAAAUGCUGUAAAAGACCAUAGCGAGCUCUUAACCAGUGUCUAUAUAUAACUCAGCAAUCUAUGAACUUGGGUGCA